UUUGUGGUAUAAAAUAGUAUGUGGAAACUGAAAGUGAUGAGGUUCAUUCAGAGUAGAGAUGCCAACAGCUAUGAAGGUUCUUGUCCACCGACUUCUGAUGUCCUUCGUCUUCUCUUGCUUACUGUGUUGGGCAAUGCAAGAUGGAGUACAGGCUACGGUGCGCAGCACUCCACAGAGUACAUGGUGGAAGCCACUUUCAAGCAAUGCAGGGGAUGAUGACUCUCCUCCAAGGCCCUUGAAGGUUACUUUCGCUGGGCCUGCAACUCACUGGACAGAUGCCAUCCCCAUUGGCAAUGGCCGUCUCGGUGCCAUGGUUUGGGGUGGCGUACCCUCCGAACUUCUCCAGCUCAAUGAGGAUACACUUUGGACUGGGAUCCCUGGAGACUACACCAACAAAAGUGCUCCACAAGCACUGGCUGAAGUCAGAAAGCUUGUUGAUGAUAGAAAAUUCUCUGAAGCUACCGCAGCAGCUGUCAAGCUGUCAGGAGAGCCUUCCGAUGUAUACCAACUUCUCGGUGAUAUCAAGAUAGAGUUUCAUGAUUCCCAUCUUAAAUAUUCAAAGGAGUCUUAUUACAGGGAGCUGGAUUUGGAUACUGCUACCGCAAAAGUAAAAUACUCUGUGGGUGAUGUAGAAUUUACUAGAGAGCAUUUUGUUUCUAAUCCAGACCAAGUAAUAGUGACAAGGUUGUCUGCAAGCAAACCUGGGUCAUUAUCAUUUACAGUGUAUUUUGAUAGCAAAAUGCAUCAUGAUUCAAAGGUAAGUGGCCAAAAUCAGAUAAUAGUUGAAGGGAGAUGUCCUGGUAGUAGGAUCCGACCGAGACUGAAUUCAAUUGACAAUCCAAUGGGGAUUCGGUUUUCUGCAGUUUUUGAUAUGCAGAUUAGUAACGGGGUUAUAGAAGUUUUAGAUGAUAGGAAGCUAAAAGUUGAAGGUUCAGAUUCGGCUAUUUUGCUUUUGACAGCUUCUUCUUCCUUUGAUGGCCCAUUUACUAUGCCUGAAGACUCAAAGAAGGACCCUACUUCUGAGUCCCUCAGUAAAAUGAAGUCUGUGAAAAGUUUUUCUUAUGCUGAUCUUUAUGCACGACACUUAGAUGACUAUCAAAAUCUAUUUCACCGCGUCUCAUUGCAACUCUCUAAAAGCUCAAAGACUGGUUUGGGAAAAUCUGUUUUCUACAAAAGGCAGUCAGUUUCCUCCCAAACAAACAUCUCUCAAAAGGAGGGUGACACCAUUCCAACUUCAGCAAGAGUCAAAUCUUUUCAAACUGAUGAGGACCCUUCCUUUGUUGAGCUUUUGUUUCAAUAUGGUCGAUAUCUCCUAAUCUCUUGUUCACGUCCUGGAUCUCAGGUGGCAAACCUACAGGGUAUCUGGAACAAAGAUGUUGAGCCUGCAUGGGAUGGUGCUCCUCACUUGAACAUUAAUCUUCAAAUGAAUUAUUGGCCAGCCCUUUCUAGCAACCUACACGAGUGUCAAGAGCCCUUAUUUGAUUUCAUUUCGUCUCUGUCAGCCAAUGGUAAAAAAACUGCAAAGGUGAACUAUGAAACAAAUGGUUGGGUUGCACAUCAAGUUUCUGACAUAUGGGCUAAAACAUCACCAGAUAGAGGUGAGGCUGUUUGGGCUUUAUGGCCUAUGGGUGGAGCUUGGCUUUGUGCCCAUUUAUGGGAGCAUUAUACUUAUACAAUGGACAGAGAUUUUCUUAAAAAUAAAGCAUACCCUUUGUUGGAAGAAUGUACAUCAUUUUUGUUGGAUUGGUUGAUUGAAGGCCGUGGUGGAUUAUUAGAAACUAACCCAUCAACUUCACCAGAGCACAUGUUCACUGCACCAGACCGAAAGCCUGCUAGUGUGAGCUACUCAUCAACCAUGGACAUUUCAAUCAUAAAAGAAGUUUUCUCUAUAAUCAUUUCUGCUGCUGAGGUUUUGGGAAGACACGAUGACGCAAUCAUCAAAAGAGUCACUAUGUAUCAGUCUAAGCUUCCUCCGACAAAACUUUCUAGAGAUGGUUCCAUUAUGGAAUGGGCAGAAGAUUUUGAGGACCCAGAUGUACAUCAUCGACAUGUUUCACAUCUGUUUGGACUAUUUCCCGGGCACACGAUUAGUCUUGAGAAAACUCCAGUCCUCUGUAAAGCUGUGGAAUCUAGUCUAAUUAAAAGAGGAGAUGAUGGCCCAGGAUGGUCGACAACUUGGAAAGCUUCAUUGUGGGCACAUCUUCAUAAUAGUGAGCAUGCGUAUCGUAUGAUAAAACACUUGAUUGUAUUGGUAGACCCUGAUCAUGAAAGUGAUUACGAAGGAGGACUUUAUAGCAACCUGUUCACAACACAUCCCCCUUUUCAGAUUGAUGCUAACUUUGGUUUUUCUGGAGCAAUAGCAGAAAUGCUUGUUCAGAGCACAAUGAAGGACCUUUACUUGCUUCCAGCAUUGCCAGGCGAUAAAUGGGCCAAUGGUUGUGUGAAAGGAUUGAAAGCUCGUGGCGGGGUAACAGUCAACAUUUGCUGGAAAGAAGGAGAUCUAAGUGAAGUUGGGCUUUGGUCAGAAAGGCUGAAUUCCCAAGUAAGACUACAUUAUAGAGGAACCGUGGUCUUAACAAGUUUAUCACCUGGCAGAGUUUACUCAUAUAAUAACCUAUUGAAGUGCGUGAGGACAUACUCUCUCCCUCAGAAAAGUUAAUCCUUCAAUAUUCUAAUAAUACUUCUAAGUAACAGGCAUUGCUUUUUGCAAUUUGUCAUGGGUUCAAUAUUGGAUGCAGUUUACUGGAUCAAGAUACAUUUAUCUUGUUUCCUAAGAUUAUUCUUUUCAUAUAGCUGCUGAGCAUGUAAUUUAACCAAUAUUUUUGUUUUCAUUGAUAUAUUUGUUUUACGGUUUAAUGCGUAAAAUCUGUGUAAUGCUGUUGUCAUUUUAGUAUUCAACUUCACUCGAAUUCAAUGGAUCAUAGAUAUUCUGCUGUU